AUGUUCCGAGCUCUAAUACACGGUGAUUUUAACAACGAUGGUUAUCUGGAUCUCGUCAUCACUAAUAAUGGCGACAAUACCGUGAGUGUACUACUAGGGAAUGGCACCGACGUUAUCGCGCAAGGGGUGUUUCCCACUGGUAGCCGUCCGCAAUCGGUAGCAGUCGGUGAUUUUAACAAGGAUGGUCAUCUGGAUCUCGCCGUUGCUAACAACGGUAAUAACAGUGUGAGCGUGCUACUAGGAAAUGGCACCGGCAUUAUCGCGCAAGCGGUGUUUCCCACUGGUAGCCGUCCUCAAUCGAUGGCGGUUGGUGAUUUUAACAACGAUGGUUACCUAGACCUCGCUGUCGCCAACAACGGCGAUAACAGUGUGAGUGUACUAUUAGGGAAUCGCACCGGCGUUAUCCUGCUAGGGGUGUUUCUGACUGGCAGCCGUCCGCAAUCGGUAGCUGUCGGUGAUUUUAACAACGAUGGUUACCUAGAUCUCGCUGUUGCCAACAACGGCGAUAACAGUGUGAGUGUACUAUUAGGGAAUGGCACAGGCGUCACUGUACAAGGGAUGUUUCUGACUGGUAGCAGUCCACAAUCGCUUGCUGUCGGUGAUUUUAAUAGCGACGGUCGUCUGGAUCUCGCCGUCGUCAAUAACGGCAGUAAUACAGUGAGUGUACUGCUCGGAAAUGGAAGAGACAACGUUACCAUGGAACUAGCGUUUGCGACUGGUAAUGGUCCACUAUCGGUAGCUGUUGGUGAUUUUAACAACGAUGGUCGCCCGGAUCUCACCGUGGCUAACAGUGGCGAUAAUACUUUGAGCAUUCUUCUAAAUAUGUGCAACUAA